AUGCUCCGCCUCCGAGAGUGCGUCAUUUCCCGUCUCCUCUCUUCCCCAUCCACCUCCACCUAUGCCAUCUUCCCACUCUGUCGUCUCCUCUCCGCCGCCACGCCCCACAUUUCCCCAUAUCCCAGUGGCUUUACCAUGGAGGAGUACCUCAUCGACACCUGCGGCCUCACCCGGCUCCAAGCCCUCAAGGCCUCCAAGAAGCUCUCCCACCUUAAGUCCCCCACCAAGCCCGACGCCGUCCUCGCCUUCCUCGCCGGCCUCGGCCUCUCCGGCGCCGAUGCCGCCGCCGUCGUCGCCAAAGACCCGCGGUUCCUCUGCGCCAAAGUGGACAAAUCCCUGGUCCCCGUCGUCGCCGGGCUUGCCGGCCUUGGUCUCCUGCGUCCUGAGAUCGCCCGCCUAGUCUCGGUUGUCCACUGCUACUUCCGAACCAGGCCCAUCGUCUCCAAGACGCACUACUACCUGCCCCUCUUAGGCUCCUUCGACAACUUCCUCCGGGCGCUCCAGCGCUCGUCCUGCCUACUCUCAUCGGACCUUGGCAAGGUGAUCAAGCCCAAUGUCAUGUUCCUGCAGGAGUGCGGCCUAAAUGACUGCGAUAUUGUCAAGGUGUGUAUCCCUGUGCCGAGGAUGCUGACCACCAACCCAGAGCGUGUCCGCGCGAUGGUGGCAUCUGCUGAAAGAUUAGGCGUGCCUCGUGGCGCUGGGAUGUUUAGGCCAGCGCUACAGGCUGUCGCGUUUCUCAACGAGGAGAAGAUUGCCGCCAAAGUGGACUAA